AUGUUUUCGAAUUCAAGCAGGAGAACGGCAGAGUGGUACCUAACCCACAUAUACAAAUUCAGUGACGCGGACGACAGCCCUGCUGGUCAUGGCAUGGUGAUCCUUCUUGAUCUUAGUCUACCCCCAAAUGAGCCCACUUUGUCAGUCUUAGCAGCGGAGGACACCAUUGCUGAAUGUUUGAUGAUCAUCAUCAUCACUGUCUAG